AUGAUGCAUCCAUCGCGCCAGGCAUAUGUGGAGGACGCCGACUCACCAGUCGGCAUUGCCCUCGAGGACCUCAAAGAUGAUCAAGACUACGAUAUGCCGACGGCACCCGGUGCACCGCCCGAGAAGACUUCCGCAAUACUGAGCCAGUUCAGCAGGAAGCGCCUCGCGGCUACAAUUGCCGUGCCCACCGACGACGGGCGCGUGCGCGCAAGGCUCAGGGAAAUGGGAGAGCCCGUCACCCUGUUCGGGGAGGGUCCUGGGGAUCGUCGUGACCGUCUGCGAGAGUUGAUGACCAUCCAAGCUGAAAUAAGUGGUCUGGAAAACGCCGACGUUGUCAUGGAGGAUGCCCCCGGGGUGGAAGAGACCGAGGAGCAGGAAGAAGAGGAGUUUUACUCGAGGGGAGGGGAGGCCCUUCUCGAGGCAAGAAGACGCAUCGCCGAAUAUUCGCUGCCGCGGGCAAAACGACGGGUCGCUUUCCAAAAGCAAGAAGCUACGAUCCCUUUACGAACCCACGUCAAGUUCAGAAAACACGUCAAGGAGCGACUGCAGGCUUUCGAGCUUCAAGGCAGCCAGACUGUCGGCGAAAGACACAUCAGUAUGACGAGGAUAUCGCCCAACGGAGAGCUGGUGGCUGUCGGAAACUGGGGAGGGCAGGUCAAGCUGGUGGAGAUACCGAGCCUGACCGAGAAGAUGAGCUUUCGGGGCCACACCAACAAGAUUAGCGGGUUAUCCUGGUUUCCAGGGGCCACGCUGCCCGAGAAGAACAUCUCCUCGGACUCGGUCAAUUUUGCAUCUGGCGGAGCGGAAGGUCUGAUACACUUGUGGUCACUGAGCCAGGACACUCCCGUAUCCAAACUGCAGGGACACUCCCAGCGCGUCUGCCGCGUCGAGUUUCAUCCAUCCGGGCGCUAUCUUGCUUCCGCAUCGGAGGACACGUCAUGGAGGCUCUGGGACGUCGAAACCACAGCCGAGACACUCCUCCAGGAAGGGCACUCGCGGGGGGUUUACGCAAUCAGCUUCAACACGGACGGCUCGCUCCUGGCUAGUGCCGGCCUGGACAGCAUUGGUCGAAUCUGGGACUUGCGAUCUGGGAGAACUGUCAUGAUUCUGGACGGCCACCUGGACGGUCACAUCAAACCCAUACACGCGCUGGACUGGAGCUCGGACGGACAUCGCGUCCUGUCGGGGUCGGCUGACGGAUGGAUCAAGUGCUGGGAUGUCCGCAAGGUUCAGCGGACCGGAGGCAUCGGCGCUCACAGCAGCGCAGUGUCGGAUAUGCGGUGGUUCAAGGGCUGCGACGACCCCCUGGCAGGCACACCUCCCGGCGUCGACGACAAGGGCGCCCAGAUCCCAAAGAAGUCCAGCACGUUUUUCAUCUCGAGCGGGUUCGACAAGAAUGUCAAGAUCUUUUCGGCGGAUGACUGGACGCUUGUGCAGACAUUGAGCGGCCACACAGGGCCCGUCGCGAGUGUAGAUUACAGCAGGGACGGCAAAUGGAUCGUCAGCGGUGGACAUGACCGGACAGUCAAGCUAUGGGGCCGAAAUGACGGUGAAUCUCUGUGA